UUGAAUUUAAUCAUGUCUUCACAAUCUUUCUACCUUUUGGGGGAGUCCCCAAGCUCUGCACGAACUAUUCAGUACGACCCAAAUGCCAGCCUUGAGGAUCUGCGGGACUUGAUUGCAUCCCAUUUUGCAAUUGUCGUGGCGAGUGGCAUCGGUUUCCAAAGCGAAUCUGUGAAUUUGUAUGAAGUAUCAGAUGUCAAGGCUGCGACCGGCCCGAUUGCUAUCACUGUAGACGGUCAUUCCAUCCGGGACGCACCUGGACCAUCAGGACUACCGUACGUGGGCAGCUUCUUCGAAGUUUUCCCCGACCAUCUCGGUAACCACCAACGUCUUUUUGAGCGCUACGGCCCAGUGUUCAAAACCACCAACCUUGGUCGCACAUUGUAUCACACAAACGACCCAGAUGUCGCUGCCAUUGCAUUUGCGGAAUCGGACUUCUUCACCAAGAAGAUCAACGAGGCUCAUCCACUUUUCGGCAUCAAGAACAAAGAUGCAGGCGUCUUCCUAGGCGACACUGACACCGAGCAAUGGAAGAUCACACACAAGUUUCUGCCCCCGGCUCUAGGACCAAAGGCCGUGCGACACUACGCUCCAACAAUGCAAAAGACCAUUGAGAAAGCUUACGAGGUAUUCGACAGCUUGGACGAGCAAGGCGAGGCUUGGAAUGUUUAUCCUUAUAUGUUGAAGCUUGGAUCUGAGGCAGUUGCGAAAUUGACCUUAGGGAUGGAAUUAAAUCACUUCUCCGCAGUCGACGCACCGUUACACGAGAUGGUCAUGCUCAUUGCACACUCGCUUGAGCUUAACAAGAAGAUCACCUCGAAAGGAAACUGGUACGCCAGUCUGCCCUUCGGAGACCCUAAGGCGUUGAAGGAUCUUCAAAAACGGAUGGAAGUUCUCGUUAUGGACGCCAUCGCGAAGGCCGCAAGCGGCGGCGCUGGCGACUUGCCUCUUCAAGAUGCCGCUCUUGAGGCGAAGAACAUGACCGAUUACGCCCUCCGUGCCACGGACAACAAGGGCAACAAGAUCCCACCCCAGAGUUUCGCCCCCGCCCUCGUCGUCGCCACAGGCGCUGGCUUCACAACGACCUCGUCCCUCCUCUCCUGGCUCCUCUACGGCCUCUCCGUUUACCCUGGCGUCCAAGAAAAGCUCCUCCAAGAACUCGUCGAUAACGACUUCACCGACGAAACCCAACUAACCGCCGACUUCACCGACCGCCUCACCUACCUCGACUUCUUCAUCAAGGAGACCCAACGCCGUCACAACCCUUCUUUCCAGCCCGGCCGCACCGCAAAAGUCGACCUCAUCCUCCCAGGCGGCUACCGCAUGCCCAAGGACUCCGUCAUCAUCCCUGCUCUCCACCACAUUCACAACAACCCGCAGUUCUGGGAUAACCCCGCCAAAUUCGACCCGGAGCGCUGGGGCACCCCCGAAGUUAAGAACAGGCAUAAGUCGAGUUAUAUCCCGUUUGCCGCGGGGCCUAGAAUGUGCAUUGGGUUCAACUUUGCGCUGCAGGAGGUCAAGAUUUUCUUGCCCAAGUUGCUGUGGCGGUACAAGUUUAUGAAGGAUGGCGAGGAUGCGGUGGAUUAUGAUCCCAUGUUUCAGCUUAUCAGGCCGACCAACUUUUAUGUCAGGGCGGUUAGGAGAGCGAAGUGGCCGCCCAAGACGGAGGUUGAGGCUUAG